UAACAAUCAUUUUGUUUUAAAUAAUUAUUGCUAAAAUUUUCAAGUUUUUGAUUGAUUGACACAAAUAAAAGCAAAAUCUACUGAAAGAUAUGAAUAAAUACAUGUAAGUGAAGAUCACUGAAGAUAAUGACAACGACAACAAUGAUGUCCGCGAAGAACUCGUUUGAUCGCUUCGGCGAUGAUUUGUGUCAACUAUUGUUGACAUAUCUGGCAAUUGAUGACAGAUUAAGACUACAGUCGGUGUCCAAACAGUGGUUGGCAUUGAUAUUCAAUACACAAACACAUCUCGUAAUUGAUAAAAAUCUAUUGAAAAGAUUGUCUUUGGACUCAAUUCGUGACUAUUAUCAGACAAUUAAGUUAUUUCAAGUAAUUGUCCGAAAGUGUCCGAACAUUACCGCAAUUAUCUUAAGUAAAGUCUAUUUGUUGGACCGUUUUCUUGACUUAUUAGUAAAAUAUUGUUACCGAUUGCGACACAUCAAUGUUAGACUUGAUUACGACGGCCACUGGUCGGUCAUCGACGUCCGUAUGUUUGAUUGUUUUUUCCGAAAAUUUGGCCAACAAUUGCUAACAUUUAAGUUUGACAGUUAUAAUACAACUAUUACUAAGAAAUUGUUUUACAAAGUGAUCGACAGUAUGCCUAACCUGAAGAAACUGGACAUCACUUAUAAUAGUAGACGAAAAAGUAUUAUCCAAUUGAAUGACUUAAUUGUCGGCGAUAUGAGCUAUGAUUUGCCGAAAUCGUUGGACUCGUUGAACAUAAAACUGAACAACUCAUCCGUACCAUUGUUUAGCCGGUUUGCCGAUAUUUAUGGCCACAAAUUGACAUCAUUGACAAUAGUCUCGGAUAUCAAGAUUGCCGAUCAAGAUUUGACCGUUAAUUGCAAGACAUUGAUUGAAGGGUUAGCUCAAAUGUUGCGAUUAAAACAUCUAAAACUUGUUUUAUUGGAACAAUUAGUCGACAAUUUUGUAGGCCAUUUAUUUUCGACAAUCGGCCGCAACUGUCGGCAACUUAAGGCAUUGGAUUGUAUGUUAAAAAUUUCAUCCAAACUGACAAUUGAGUGCAUGUUUGACUCAAUCAACAAACAUAUGUCCAGACAAUUGAAACUGUUGUCAAUAAAUUUUUGGCCAAAUUAUGACAAUCAAUAUUUGACAUUAUUGUUAACCAGCGAUCUGUUUAACCGAUUGCUUGGAUUAACACAUUUGAGACUAUGUUCGGACAAAAAGUUUCGUAUAAUUGGUGACCAGUUUUUCCGUGAUAUUAAUCGUAAUCUUCCGCGACUACAGUAUAUAUGCUGUGAUAGAGUAUUCAUUACCGAGGAGUCAAUCAAAUCAAUGGGACAGUUGGCUCAUCUGACGGAUGUCUAUAUCCGAUGCGAUACAAACACAUUGCAAACAAGUGAAUCAUUUAUUAAACAACAUUUACUGAUUGAUAGUAAUGUAAAAUAUUUGUAUAUUAAUAAUUCAAAACAUGUUUAUAUAUUUAAGGACUCGAAAUACAAUACUAGACAUUAUAUUCAUAUAUAAUA